CUUGUACUUGUUUCAUUCAGAGUAGUAAAUAAGCCACAGUAAAAUCGCUCGGUCAUAGAGCUCAGUGGAAUGAGCCUUCGACUUCCUGGAUGCGGUGAACACCAUGAGAGGAAAUGAAAAAUGCAAAGAAAUGCAAUAUAAUCUUUAACUUUUCAAAUGAAAACACAAUAAUAGGGGAAAAAGGUAGAAAAUUAUGUCUUUUAGUAGCAGCGCUUUGGAAAAGAAACUUGGGGAGCUAUCAAACUCACAACAGAGCAUACAGACCUUAUCAUUAUGGCUGAUACAUCAUCGGAAACACGCCAAAACUGUCGUUGAUGUUUGGUUGAAAAUGCUCACUAAAGUGAAACCAGCGAAAAAAUUGACAUACAUGUAUCUCUGUAAUGACGUUAUCCAGAACAGUCGAAGGAAAGGAACAGAGUUUAAUAAAGAGUUUGUCAAUGUUCUGCCAAACGCCAUCAGCAUUUGUUCAAAAGAAUUUACAUCAGAAAUGCAAAAAUCUCUUGAAAGAAUCAUUGAUAUUUGGUCACAAAGAGGAGUGUACGAUUCUGGUGUUAUAGAGAAGCUACAAGCAUCACUGGCCCUAGGAGGUUCAGGCAGCUCAUCACCAGCAGCAAAACGCUCUCGAGUAGAGCCACCAGCAAAAAACGAAGACAAUGAACGCAAAGAAGAAGAGGACAGCGAGUCAGAGAGUGAUGGCUCAGUGGAGCCUCCUGAAGUAUGGGAUUUAGUGAAGUUUAGCAGACAUUCAUCACUGUUGAAUACCAAAUAUUCUGACUAUUUGAUCAAAGCGCUUCAAGAUUUGGAGCGUAGUGCAUCUCAGGAUGCCGAGGUACGCGAGAGGAUAGCAAAUCUACCCACAGAAGUACAAGAUGCCUCAGGCCUAGAGAAGAUACAAGAUCGUGAAAGUGCAGAAAAACUAGCUAAAGUUGUGGAAAGUGCAUGCGUGUUGCUUGCAGAUUACAACGGAAGAUUAUCAGCUGAGCUAGAGGACAGAACCACAGUAUGCAAGAUGCUCAGGGCAUAUCUAGCUUCACAGAAGAAGAAAGUAACUGACUGUGAUCAAAGAAUAGAGAAAUACAAAGCAAAAUUAGAAAAAGUGGCGUUGGUAAGAAAAGAGCUUCGAGCACACCUUGACAACCUCCCAGAUCUCAGCCUGCUACCUGACGUCACAGGUGGGCUCGCUCCACUUCCAUCCGCAGGUGAUCUAUUUGCAAGGUGACUGCUGUGGCACCAUAUACAACCGACGCUGACAUUGGCUAAAUGUUUAGCACCUAGUGUAAAUAACUUAGAUACUGCUGAACAAGAUACAAUUUUAUGUAAUAGAUAGCACCACAUAGGUAUUCUUAGCUGUAAAAUUUAAUACCAUUUUCAUAAAAGCAUUUCCUGGUUUGUCUACCUUUGAGAAACAUAGCUAGAAACAAUGUUUAUUGUUACCUGGUUUGUCUCCCUUUUAAAACCCACAAUAUUUCCUUGGAUUGCCCACCUUUAUUGGAGCUUUAGAAGACAUAUUAUGCUGGCCACACUGCAAAAUAAACACAUUUUAUUUUCCCUUU